AUGUCGAGUCAAGCUGGGAACAGGUCAUAUAGCGACGCGAUCGAGCUGCUCAAUUCUUGUCAAUCCAACGCUGCUACUAUUGAAGCUAUCCGCAAGUCCGGUGGGAAGCUGAACCAAUAUGCCAUCCCGGAGAUGAUCGAAUACCUGCGUCGGAUCGGUUAUCGCCCCGAAGACCUGAACGCCCUCAACGUAAUCCACAUAACAGGGACGAAAGGAAAAGGUUCUACCAGCGCGUUCGUCGAGCGAAUCUGUCGGGGCAAGAUCCAGGAAGAACAGGCCGGUUCAGGAAAGUUGGUUGGUGAGGAGGAGAACGGGUUGGAUUUGGAAGGGUUUGAGGAGGACGAGAAGGAGUGGGUUGGAGGAAUCGGUCUAUAUACCUCGCCUCACUUGUGUGCGGUUCGAGAACGGAUCCGAAUCAACGGCCACCCGCUCCCAGAAAAGAUCUUUGCCAAAUACUUCUUCCAAGUCUGGGACCGUCUCUCUUCCCACAACUCCUCUCCAAACUCACAAUCCCACGCUUUGGAGCCUAUCCCGGACCCUCACGUCCCGCAAGACCACUACACCUCCAUCCCUGAAAAACCUGUCUACUUCCGCUUCCUCACCUUGCUCUCAUUCCACGUCUUCCUCUCCCUCAAGAUCAAGCUCACCGUCCUCGAAGUCGGUAUGGGCGGGACUUACGAUUCCACCAACGUCGUCCCCCGGCCUCUCGUCACCGGGGUGACGGCAUUAGGGUUGGACCAUACGUUCAUGCUGGGGGAUACGGUCGAAGAGAUCGCUAGGAAUAAAGGAGGGAUCUUUAAAGAGGGGGUACCGGCCUUGGCGGUCGUACAGGAGAAGAGCGCCAAGCGUGGGGAGGGGGUCUUGAGGGACCGGGCGGAGGAGUUGGAGGCAUCGUCUUUCGACCUUGUGCCGGUCUACCCGGAACUCAAGCCUAUCAAAUUAGGUCUGCCCGGCUCGCACCAAGUAGUCAACGCUUCGCUCGCCGUCGCGAUGUGUAAAACCCUCUUGUCAUCACCCGACCUCCCACCUUCGCUCGCACCGUAUCACGAACCCGCAUCCACCUCGGACGUCCCUCCUUCAUACAUCCCUUACAUUGAAAAGACGCGUUGGCCUGGAAGGUGUCAGACCGUGAUCGACCCGCUUUCGGAUGCAGAGGGGAAUGUGACGACGACUUGGUUCUUGGACGGGGCACAUACGGUCGAGUCCCUCACAUCGUGUGGAGAAUGGGUGUAUGGGCCGGACGGGAUGGAUUCCACUGCAACUCCCUCAUCAACGGAAGGAAUACCGAGUCGACGUAAACGCAGAGUGUUGAUCUUCAACUGCACGUCCGGACGAUCCGCAUAUGCGUUGCUCGGAGCGUUAUUGGAUGCGGGGAAGAAGGCUACUGGGAAAUCGUCAGCGGAUGUAGGCAGCUGGUUCGAUCGGGUCAUCUUUUGCACCAACGUUACCUACGUGGAUGGGCAUUUCAAGGGCGACCUAACCUCGAAGGCCAUCGACCCUAACGACCUGUCAGCCUUAGCCACGCAACAUGCACUCUCGGCAGCAUGGUCCGAGCUCGUUCCGACCUUCUCACGAGAACGGGUACAUGUUGUCCCCAGCAUUCAGCACGCCGUCAACAUCGUACGGGAGACGGGCAAGGCCAAGAAGGAGGACGUACAGGUGUUAGUCGCUGGAAGCCUGCAUCUCGUUGGGGGGACGAUGGAAGUGGCGGGGUUGGCGGAAAGGGCUUUGAGCGUAGCUUGA